GCCAAAGGCCGGCAGGGGGCGCCUCGGGGCGGUGGGGCAGAGGGCGGCCGGGCAGCGCUUGCAACCCGAGCCUGGCGGAGGCGUGGCGGCCGGGGGCGGUCUCGGGCGACAGGGCAGAGCGAGGCGAGCCGGGACCCCGUGCAGUGAGACCUGCGCCCCGGCCGCUCUCAGGAGUAUGCAGCCCCAGCCAGCGCUCAGCACCAGCGACUCCGCAGUGCCCAUCGUCAGCAUGGCACCCGCCAAGAAGAUCAAGGCCAAGCUAAAGAAGACUUUGCCUGUGACCGGCCCUCAGGCGCCAACCUUGCGGGAGUUGAUGCAUUGGUACUGCAUGAACACCAACACGCACGGCUGCCGUCGCAUUGUUGUCUCGCGAGGGCGCCUGCGACGGUUCCUUUGGAUCCUGUUGACGCUGACCGCGGUGGGGCUGAUCCUGUGGUACUGUGUGCAGCUGGUCAUGAACUACUACACGGCCUCCGUCUCGGUCACCGUCCAGUUCCGCAAGCUGCCUUUUCCAGCUGUCACCAUCUGCAACAUCAACCCCUACAAGUACAGUUCUAUCAAGGGGCACCUGGCUGAAUUGGACAAGGAGACGAUGGCGGCACUGGAGUCCUUGUAUGACUUUCCAGGAAACAAGUCCAGGAAACGUCGCGAUGCCGGUAAUGAGGGCAGCAAAUAUCAGAAGUACUUCCCCUUGAAGAAGUUAGAGAGCCUCCAUCACAAGCCUCCAGCUAAUCAUUCCUCUAAGCGGCGCAUGGAGGCAAACAUCAUACCGGGGGGCUCCAGCAUGGUAAACGUCAAGAACCCACAAGAUAUUGUGGGAUUCCGACUGUGUGACCCCAACAAUAAGAGUGACUGUGCCCUUUACACGUUCAGCUCGGGUGUCAACGCCAUCCAGGAGUGGUACAAGCUGCACUAUAUGAACAUCAUGGCCCAAAUUGACUCAGAAGAGAAGGAGCGGAUGAGUUACUCGGCCGAUGAGCUCAUCCUGAGCUGCUUCUUCGACGGCCUCUCCUGUGACUCCAGGAACUUCACCGCCUUCCACCAUCCAAUGCAUGGGAACUGUUACACCUUCAAUAGUGGGCAAAAUGGAGAGAUCCUCAACACGUCCACAGGAGGCAGCGAAUAUGGGCUGCAAGUGAUCCUGUAUAUAGAGGAAGCAGACUACAACCCCUUCUUGGUGACAUCCACGGGUGCUAAGAUAGUGGUCCAUGACCAAAAUGAAUAUCCCUUCAUAGAAGACAUUGGCACUGAGAUAGAGACGGCAACAGCCACCUCCAUCGGGAUGCACUUUACAAAGUCUCAUCGGCUCAGCAGGCCGUACAGCAACUGCACCAAGGACGGGUCGGACAUCGAUGUGGAGAAUCUGUACAACAAAAGCUACACUUUGCAAAUAUGCCUCCAUUCCUGUUUCCAGAAUUUGAUGGUGAAAAGGUGCGGCUGUGCCCAGUAUGCACAGCCACUGCCCGCCGGAGCAGAGUUCUGCAACUACAAGAAAUUCCCAAACUGGAUGUACUGUUACUACAAGCUCCACGAGGAGUUUGUCAAGGAACGGCUCGGUUGCCAACAGAUCUGCAAGGAAGCCUGCAGACUGAAAGAGUGGACCCUCACGACCAGCGUUGCCCAGUGGCCUUCGACUGCCUCCGAGGACUGGAUGCUCCGACUUCUGUCAUGGGAUAAAGGGAAAAACAACAGCAAGACAUUAAACAAGACAGACCUGGCAAACCUCGUGGUGUUCUACAAAGACUUGAACGAGAGGUCCAUCUCGGAGAAUCCAGCAAACGACAUCGUCCUCCUCCUCUCCAACAUGGGGGGCCAGCUGGGCCUGUGGAUGAGCUGCUCUGUGGUCUGCGUCAUUGAGAUCGUGGAGGUCUUCUUCAUCGACACAAUUUGCAUCAUCUUGCGCCACCAAUGGCAGAAAGCCAAGAAGUGGUGGCAGGGUCGGAAUGGGGAGCAGGAGGAGGAUGGGGAAGCAGCAACCCCCCCAAGCAGCAGGCGGGGCCACGACAACCUGGCCUGCACUCCGUUUGAGGAUGACGACCUGCCCACCUUCAACACAGCCAUGCGCCUGUCCCUCCCUGUGGAGCACCCGCCCCCCAGGACUCCCCCACCCAACUACAGCACCUUGCGGCUCACCAGCACCUUUUCGGAGCAGCUGUCUGACACCCAGUGAUGCUGUUGCUUGGACCUGGCAACUGUACUUGCCGUCCGGUGGCCAGAAGCCACUUGCCAUCAACAGAAUUGCACGUUCCCUCGCAAGGCGCCCAGUGCCAUUUCUGCAGGAGCUCCAUCUCUGUCCCUUGCUGGAGUGAGCCAGACCUUUUUUGUGGCAGCUGCUGUUGUGAUGCUCAGUGGGGAUGGAAGGGCGCUCCUGUCUGGGGCCGGGUCCAAUCCUUGGUCUUGAACCCCCAGGGAGAAACUGUCAACUGUUUCCCAGAGAGCAACAUCUUCUCAGGGAGGGGACAAGGCCAACUGCAUCUUCGGCUGACCCAGGGCAGUUUUGGCACCCAAGCAUGGACUGCUGUGUGUUCCAGAAGAGCAAGACUCCCUUUUGCAGCAGCUGAACACAACUCUGAUUUUAGCUGAAGUGGAAGGGAGGCAAGGGCUGCCCUCGAGAUUUUGCUUUCCCCAAAAGCUGGAGUUGUUGGGGGAGGUAGAAGAUUCUUGAUGCUGAAAAGGGGUCACUCUGUGCGUUAGGAGCACCCUUUAUUCAGAAGGUGACCUGCAGCUGGCCUUUGGAGAUCCUGCUUCAUCAGGCAAACCCUGCAGUCCCAAGCCAUGCCAGAUGCACUUACCUAUCGGGGUGCACUUCACCGGCACCUCCCUGCAAGGAGCCCCGCUGGAGGAGUAUUUGGGGGCAGUCUGCCUGGGGGCAGCACUUGCUGGGGGGCACCUUUGGGGAGGGCACUGCUGUUGCACUCUUGUGCUGCCUGCAGCCUUCCUUUGGGGCUUCUGCUAGCCACUGUGAGAACAGGAUGGUGGGCUGUGAUGGGCCUCCUUCGGUGACAUCCAGCACCACAGGGCUCUUCUGUCGUUCGGAUGCAGGCCCAGGUGCCAAAUAGUAAAUGUGGGGGAAUGAAAGAAAGGCUUUCCAUAUGUGCAAUACGUUGUGGUGGUGUUGUUUAAACUGAAUAAUUUAACAACCGAGACUAAACUCUGGGAACUGUAAAAGGGGAGAGGUGUUUUUAAUAAAACAUUUGUCAGGAA